AGAAGGACUGCAUAAGUCGAGAAUUGAGUUUGACUUAACUAUCCCAUUUGGGCUUUAAUAUAUGGCUGAAACUCUUCUCACUUCAGUAAUUGUUUCUUUCAUUUUCGUGAAACUGAAGAAGGAAGGGCUGGACAUUCAGGUUCCUUGACCCUUGACAUUUGGAAGCAUUAACUCUAGUCUCUCACAGAAAGCUAGAGAUGAAGGAACAUUCAGACACAUAGGUUUCCAAGAAGAGUCCACUGACAACAUACCCAAGGUGUCUUCUGAAAAUUAUAAGAUAUCCUGAGUUUCUGUUAGGGGAUUGGUUCCAGCUCCAUUGUCCCUCCCCUGUCAUUUAGUAGUCUCUGUAAAAGCCCUUAGAGCUUGUGUUACUCCACAGGAAGCCAAGAAACACACAGGAAGAGGAGCUUAGCUGCUGGUGCGGGCAAGAUGGAAACCAACCUCUCCACUCCUCUGAAUGAGUAUGAAGAAGCGUCCUAUGAGUCUGCUGGCUACACUGUUCUGCAGAUCCUCCCGUUGGUGGUGCUUGGGGUCACCUUUGUCCUCGGGGUCCUGGGCAAUGGGCUUGUGAUCUGGGUGGCUGGAUUCCGGAUGACACGCACAGUCACCACCAUCUGUUACCUGAACCUGGCCCUGGCUGACUUUUCUUUCACGGCCACGUUACCAUUCCUCAUUGUCUCUAUGGCCAUGGGAGAAAAAUGGCCUUUUGGCUGGUUCCUGUGUAAGUUAAUUCACAUCGUGGUGGACAUCAACCUCUUUGGAAGUGUCUUCUUGAUUGGUUUCAUUGCACUGGACCGCUGCAUUUGUGUCCUGCAUCCAGUCUGGGCCCAGAACCACCGCACCGUGAGUCUGGCCAUGAAGGUGAUCAUCGGACCUUGGAUUCUUGCCCUAGUCCUUACCUUGCCAGUUUUCCUCUUUUUGACUACAGUAACUAUUCCAAAUGGGGACACGUACUGUACUUUCAACUUUGCAUCCUGGGGUGACACCCCUGAGAAGAGGAAGAAUGUAGCCAUUACCAUGCUGACAGCCAGAGGGAUUAUCCGGUUUGUCAUUGGCUUUAGUAUGCCGAUGUCCAUUGUUGCCAUCUGCUAUGGGCUCAUUGCAGCCAAGAUCCACAAAAAGGGCAUGAUUAAAUCCAGCCGUCCCUUACAGGUCCUCACUGCUGUGGUGGCUUCUUUCUUCAUUUGUUGGUUCCCCUUUCAACUGGUUGCCCUUCUGAGUACCGUCUGGCUCAAAGAGAUGUUGUUCGAGGGCAAGUACAAAAUCAUUAAUAUCCUGGUUAACCCAACGAGCUCCCUCGCCUUCUUCAACAGCUGCCUCAACCCCAUGCUCUAUGUCUUUGUGGGCCAGGACUUCCGAGAGAGACUGAUUCACUCCCUGCCCACCAGUCUGGAGAGGGCCCUGUCUGAGGACUCAGCCCCAACCAAUGACACGGCUGCCAAUUCUGCUUCACCUCCUGCAGAGACUGAGUUACAGGCAAUGUGAGGAUGGGGUCAGGGUUAUUUUGAGUUCUGUUGAUCCUACCCUAAUGCCAGUUCCAGCUUGAUCUACCUUUGAGUCAUAUUGAGGCAUUCAAGGAUGCACAGUUCAAGUAUUUAUUCAGGAAAAAUGCUUUUGUGUCCCCGAUUUGGGGCUAAGAAAUAGACAGUCAGGCUACUAUAAUAUUAUUGUUAUUUUUGGUUUUUUUGACUUCUGCCUAUACACUGGGGUAAGUGGAGGUGGGAAACAGAAGAGAAAGAGUGGUGGGAAUUUGUAAGACUUAGAUGAGAUAGCGCAUAAUAAGGGGAAGACUUUAAAGUACAAAGUAGAAUGUUUGCUGUAGGUUUUUUAUAGCUGUUUUUAAAAAUCAGACUAUGGAAGUUUUCUUCUAUUUUUAGUUUGCUAAGAGUUUUCUGUUUCUUUUUCUUACAUCAUGAAUGGACGUUGUAUUUUAUCAAAUGCAUUUUCUACAUGUAUUAAGUUGGUCAUAUUAUUCUUCUUUUAUGUAAAUCAUCAUAAAUAAUGUUCAUUAAGUUCUGAAUGUUAAACUACUCUUGAAUUCCUGGAAUAAACCACACUUAGUCCUGAUAUACUUUAAAUAUUUAUAUCUCACAAGAGUUGGUUAGAAUUUCUGUGUUUAUGUUUAUAUAAAAAUGGUUCUGUUAUUUCACUUUUUCUACUAUCCUUGCUAAGUUUUACAUCAAACUUGUAAUGGUCUCUUAAAAGGAAUUGAGAAGUAAUUCCUCUGAUUCUGUUUUCUGGUGUUAUGUCUUCAUUAAAUAUUCAGAAAAACUCACCAGUGAA